CACCUGCUCGUCUUCGCUAUGAAGAAGAUCCUGAGGAAGCUGCGAGAGAGAAUUACAUUCAAAGAUUUGCCGCCACCAUAUCGGGAAAAUGAAGAGGAAGCAAUCCACCGUGAGAACCACCAACUGCAGAUUCCGGACCCUGCAACAUGCGAAGCUCUAGACCUGCUGGCAAAUUGCAAAAUAACGAGCGAACCUAACGACACCCCGUCCGAGGUCGAAUACGCGGAAAUCGAAGAUAUGGGUGUGUGGCAUUCCACGCCAUUAUCCCACCGGCACAAGUCUAAGAUAUCCCUCACGUGGGUGUUGAAAGAAAACCUGGACAAAACUGACAGAAAGAAAGAAGAAAAAAAAGGCUUUACUUACGACAAACCGGUUACGAAAAGUUUUGACAGUAAAUGUGUAGGAAGAGAAAGAGUUGUUGGACGCAACGAAUAUUAUCAUAAUCUAAGGUUCAAGAGUGCGUGUGACGAAUUCGCUAACAACCAGGACUCUUGUUCGGACUCUAGUGUUGGGACUGAGGAGUUCGUGAGACGGAAACACAGGCACCGACACAGGAGAAGAAAAAGGAGCAGCAAGUUUGGAUAUGAUAUUCGAGAUUUGGACACAUUUCUUAGCGAGGCCACGAUAGAUCACCCGGGCAACAUCCCAGUGGUCAUAGCCUUCCCCACUACGCUGUACCAGACACAGAAAGACCUGCAAAGAGAGCUGACGUUGCCUCUAGGCACGGUGGUCAACGCGGUGUUCAAGAACCAACAGUGGCUGUACGCGCAGACACCGCACGGGGAUGAGGGCUAUGUCAUGUACAGUGCCUGCUUGCCUUUAGGAAUAUUGCCUAGCAGAUCAUCUCUCCAAAAGAAAACCCCGUGCUGGGAGAGCAGUACGGACAUCUACCCAAGGCCCUGCGGCAACCUGACCGACAGCGAAAAGGAACAACUGCGCGGCAGAACACGAUCCGAGAGCAGACAUCGUCCCAAGAACAGACGACUCAAAACAUCCUGCGCGGAAAAGGACUUUGAUGACCUAUACUUAAAGACGAAAUCAGUUUGCUCCAAUCUCGACAAAGAAAAUCUAGAUGUCAAAGGAAAAGUGCAAAGACAAACCCUUUUGGUAGUGAAUUGUGAUUAUAAGGGUAGUUUUUUGAACAGGACGUUGUCAGUCAAAAAGGGUGAAGUGGUCGUGUUAAUACAGGGCGGGGGUGAGACCGAUGUGGACUUGGAGUGGUUCUAUGUGAGAAGGAAAGAUGGGAACCAGGGUUUUAUUCCGGCUGCGAUAGCAGGGCAUGGAUUUAUCUGAUUCAAAAAUUACUUUCAUUGCAUUUAAGUAUUGUAUACUUAAUA